AACUAUCCAGUUAUUUUCAUCCCUUGAACGCGUCAUCUCGUUGCUAGGUAAUAGGGACAAACAAACGGUAGCAGCAUAACACGUUUCCAACGGAUUUAAAUCUAUAAAAGGAGCCGUUAAUUUGAUUUUUGUUUUUAGUUAUCAUCGGCUGUAAACCGCAACAAUAUGGAGAAUUACGACGAUUUGACGUUAAAGGAGAUAGUGGAGUUGAUCGAAGAUGAUCGCUAUUUCCGUGAAAGAAGGGUUCUGAUAAACAACAAAAUUCCUGAGAAUCUUUGUAGUGAUAUAAUCGAGUUAGAUUUGGAAGGCAGAGAAAUUCGGAAUAUGGACUUCCUUAUUCAUUUUACAUCUCUGGUAAAACUGGAUCUUAUGAGAAAAAACAUAGAGAAGAUCUGUGGCCUGGACAAUUUGACUCAUCUGACAUGGCUUGAUCUGUCGUUCAACAGAAUCAAGAAAAUUGAGGGUCUGGAGUCUCUGCGGAAGCUUGAAUUGCUAGCUUUGUCGAACAACGAAAUCUCUCUUCUUGAGAACAUGGAUACACUUGAGAACCUCACCCACUUCUAUAUAUCUCACAACCUCAUCGGGCACUUGGACAAUGUGCUCUACCUCAGAAGGUUCAAAAGACUGGAUUCGAUCUCCAUCACUGGAAAUCCAUUCACUGAGAAGGAGGAUGAAAAAAUGUAUGUUGCUGCCUUUCUCCCAAGUGUGACGAGGCUAGACCAUCUUACCAUUACCCAAAGGAUGAGAGAGAAAGCCAUCUUGAAAUACCAAAAUGAUCAAACAUUUAGGGCUCUGGAGUCAGAGGCCAAGCAAACUCAAAGGUCUGACCAAAACCAGGAAUCUCAGGGUACGUCUGUGGACAACACUGUGACAAGAGGGACUCUUGUGCUUCAGACAGACCAGAGCCAAUUGAUGGAGCUGUUCUCACGCAUAGUGUUCGAGGACUUAGCUAAGCAAAAUCAAAUAAAGAAAGAUCUAAACACAUUUUUAUCUCACUGGGCUGAGACUGAGGCUUUCUUCCAGCAGAGGACAUUACAGAUUUUUACAGAGUUUGAGGAGCAGCACAUGCAGAGGAUGGUGGAGAUGCAGAAUCUAGAGGACCGAGAGCUACAAAAGAUCAAAAUCGAGAACUGCAAUGAUGAAAUCCUGCAGCUCCGUGAAAGACUCUUGACUCUGGAAUUUGAACUGAUUGGAAAGAAAAAUGAAAACAUCAAACAGUUUGACAGCUGGAUCUCAGACAAUCUGUCUACUGGCAAUAAUUCAGACAGCCAUGAUGACCAUCUGGAGACGAUCAAUGGCACAGAAAACGAGAUGGUUUCACCAGUAAAUGACCUGAAAGCAGCUAUCAAACAGAUUCAGGAAGAGGAGGAGAAAUGGACCUGCAUGCGCACCUCAAACAUGAAUCGAUAUGUCGACCAAUGGAUAAAAGAGCUGGAAGGCUUACACUUAAAGUGACUUAAGGUCACUGCACCAGAGUGGAAAUGUCCCUGAAGAUUUCUUCAAUGUUACAACUUUUAGCAAAUAACAUCCAAUUAUUUUUCUCCCGUUUUGAGUUAAAAUACUUGUACAGUGUAUGGAUAUACACAUUGAGUUUUUAUGUGGUAGAUCGAUAUGAUAUCGUGCAUAUUUGUGAAGUCAAAGGGUUUUUGUUGUCUAAUUCAUAAAAUAAAUAACAGAAAAUGUUUGCAUGCAUAUGCAGCCCCUUGUACUUUGGUAAAACUAAAUAAAGUUUAACUCACCAGGUUGUGAUUUAA